AUGGCGGAGAAGCUGGACCCGGACCGGAACCGGGACUCUAUUCCCAGUCCAACAGUGCUGUUCCUCCACCCGGACCUGGGCGUGGGCGGCGCGGAGCGGCUGGUGCUGGACGCGGCGCUGGCGCUGCAAGCGCGUGGCUGCAGCGUGAAGAUCUGGACCGCGCACUACGACCCCGGCCACUGCUUCGCCGAGAGCCGCGAGCUGCCGGUGCGCUGCGCCGGGGACUGGCUGCCGCGCAGCCUGGGCUGGGGCGGCCGCGGCGCCGCGGUCUGCGCCUACGUCCGCAUGGUCUUCCUGGCGCUCUACGUGCUGUUCCUUGCCGACGAGGAGUUCGACGUGGUGGUGUGCGACCAGGUGUCUGCCUGUAUCCCAGUGUUCAAGCUGGCCAGACAGCAUAAGAAGAUCCUCUUUUACUGUCACUUCCCAGAUCUGCUUCUCACCAGAAGAGAUUCUUUUUUUAAACGGCUCUACAGGGCCCCAAUUGACUGGGUUGAGGAAUACACCACAGGCAUGGCAGACUGCAUCUUGGUCAACAGCCAGUUCACAGCUGCCAUUUUUAAGGAAACCUUCAAGUCUCUAUCUCACAUAGACCCUGAUGUGCUCUACCCAUCUUUGAAUGUCACCAGCUUUGACUCAACUGUUCCUGAAAAACUUGAUGACCUAGUCCCUGAGGGAAAAAAAUUCCUGUUCCUCUCCAUCAACAGAUAUGAAAGGAAGAAAAAUCUGCCUUUGGCUCUGGAAGCCCUGGCGCAGCUUCGCGGAAGAUUGGUGCCACAAGAUUGGGAGAGGACUCAUCUGAUCGUGGCAGGCGGUUAUGACAGGAGAGUCCUGGAGAAUGUGGAGCACUAUCAGGAGUUGAAGGCAAUGGUCCAGCGGUCUGACCUUGGCCAGAAUGUGACCUUCCUUCGGUCCUUCUCAGACAAACAGAAGAUUUCACUCCUCCACGGUUGCACGUGUGUGCUGUACACGCCAAGCAAUGAGCACUUCGGCAUCGUCCCUCUGGAGGCCAUGUACAUGCAGUGCCCAGUCGUUGCUGUUAACUCAGGUGGGCCCUUGGAGUCCAUUGUCCACAGUGUCACAGGGUUUCUCUGUGAGCCCAACCCGGUGCAUUUCUCAGAAGCAAUGGAAAAGUUCAUCCAUGAACCAUCCUUAAAAGUCACAAUGGGCCUGGCUGGAAGGGCCAGGGUGAAGGAGAAGUUCUCCCCUGAGGCCUUUACAGAACAGCUCUACCAGUAUGUCACCAAGCUGCUGGUUUAACUAGAUUCUUUUAAGACCUUUAUGCUACAUUCAUCUCUGUCACUUUUAUGGGUUGUAAAACCACUUUUGAAACCAAAAAAGGAAACCUUUAAUCUAGUGCAGAAGAGAUUUUUUUUUCUUCAAUAAACUAGAGUCUUGAAUGUGAUGAGCCACCUUGCUGUCCACCACUCCUCCCUGUCUACUUUUUCAUAAAAACAGUAUCUUAGGAUCCAAUCAUUCCAAGUCCUGCCAGCAUUGUUGUAAAAAUGGUAGAAUUAUGUUUUUCUG